AAACAUCUUUGAUCUAUAAAUCAACAAUAACUGAAAGCAGAUUCUCAUGAUUAAAAAAACCUAAACAAGUAAUCGUUUAUUCUAAAAUGCAGAGCAAGACAGAAUAGCCAAAGUGACCCCCAAAACGUUGCAAGAAGAAUCGUAACAAUACGCAGCACAGCGCAGAUAUAUUGUUCUUGAACACACCUCAAACUGAGUCUGACAGCAAAUAUGGCGAUGUCCAUGAGGAGGGCAUUACUGCCUCUGCAUCGGAUGAGAUUCAGCAAUUUGAAGAAUGCAGAGGCUUCGCUGGAGGUACGGUAUCCCCUGCCCUUUGUUGUCCCGGUAAGGACCAAGAAGCGCUACUUCAUUCCCCCUGCGGUGGGGAUAAAAGGGAAGGCGGCAGUCGCGGCAGACCAGGAGGCCAAAGCCAGAGCGGCAGGUGUUGUCCUGAGGCAGGAGUACAUGGAGAGAGCCAUCAACAUCGCCUGCACUGCGGGAGUGUUUGACCCCUAUAUCCCCCCAGAAGGUGAUGCUCGUCUCUCCAGUCUGUCCAAAGAGGGUCUGAAACAGCGCACAGAGCAGAUCAAACAGGGUGCUGCCUCCCAGCUAGCGAUACGCAAGAUCAAAGAGCAUGACGCUGAGUUCACCACAAAGGCGUUCCCAGUGAAAGCUCAGGAGAUCUUCGUUGACGCGCACAACGCUCUCACACAGUUUAACAAGGAGAAACUUCACUCCCUUGUGACAGAAAGAUGUUACCCUGAGAUGGUGAGGGGGAACCGCUACAAGACGCUGCGGUGGCAUUUCGUGGAGUCCCUGGAGCCGCCCAAGGUGGUGCACGCCCGCUGCCCAGACAUGGUCAGCAAAGGCAACUUGUAUGGGCAGGUUACGGUGCGCAUGCACUCCAGACAGACCCUGGCUGUCUACGACCGCUUCGGCAGACUGAUGAUGGGGAGCGAAGAGGAGCCCAGGGAUGUGCUGGAGUACCUGGUUCUGGAGAGGCACCUCGUCAACCCAUACGGCAUGUGGAGGUUACAUGGCAAGAUAGUACCAGCCUGGGCCCCAGUGAAGGAACCCAUCGUCAAGACUGUUAUGAUCCCUGGCCCGGAGCUCAAGCCAGGCGAGGAAUUUGAAGAGCUCAACUAUGAAGUGCCCAAGCCUAAGGCUGUGCAGUGGCACAAAUAGACCACAGUUGGGAGCUGUAAUUCUGGGCCACCACAUAUGUUCUCAUUUUUUUCAGAAACCAUGAAGCUACAUUUAGUUUUCUGCCUUUUUAUAUAAAAAUACACUGUUUGUUAAACCUUACACUUGUGUAUCUCAAACACUUCAAAUAAUCCACAUUGUCCAGAUCUGUAGAGAUUGUAUGGUUUAUUUCAAUGGUGAAUAUAUAACAUGUUAAUUUAAAAAAUACAAAAAUAAAAUGUCCCAUCUCUUUUUUCAUA